UCGCUGCUCCCGCGGGGACGGUCCGGUGCUGGCAGCAUCUGCCCGGGCAGCGCGGCGGCGCCUCUCUCUCCCCAGCAGCCGCGGGAGCCUCCUCGAUGUGCGAGAGGAGGUGGGAGCUGCUCGCCGGCCAUCCCCGGGACUCGGCGCCCGCUCCAUGCAUCGCUGAGCCGAGCCGCCGCCAAGCCCGCUCCUGCUGCAGCCGCUAAUCUCCCCGGCCCGCCCCGCUCCCUCCCGGCCGGCUGCUGCUCGCCUCCCUGCCGCGCUGCCGGACCCGCGCCGUUUGCUUCCACUCUGGCUGCCAGCACCGCGUCUUCAUGAGCCCAGAGGAUGUCCGGGAAGCAUUACAAAGGGCCCGAAGUCAGCUGCUGUAUCAAAUAUUUUAUCUUUGGCUUCAAUGUCAUUUUCUGGUGUACUGAGAACAGAAUGGUGUGGGCCCAAGUUUGGAGGGAUAAGAUCCAAGCCAGGUAGCUCCACGGAAUCAUGCCAAUUUCUUCCCCCACCUCCUUCACUGAUGGCCUUGUGGGAAUUACAGACAGUCAAGAGCCCCACUGGGUUAUGGGCAGGCAUGGGGAGGAAUCUGGGAGAGGCAAUUGUCUCACUCUGAUGCAGACUUCAGGUCACCAUAAGUUUCUGGGCAUAGCAUUUCUUGGAAUUGGAUUGUGGGCAUGGAAUGAAAAAGGAGUGCUGUCCAAUAUCUCGUCCAUUACUGACCUGGGAGGCUUUGAUCCAGUUUGGCUCUUCCUUGUGGUAGGAGGAGUCAUGUUCAUUUUGGGAUUUGCAGGAUGCAUUGGAGCUUUGCGAGAAAAUACCUUCCUUCUCAAGUUUUUUUCUGUAUUCCUGGGAAUUAUUUUCUUCCUGGAGCUCACUGCUGGUGUUCUGGCAUUUGUUUUCAAAGACUGGAUCAAAGACCAGCUGUAUUUCUUUAUAAACAAUAACAUCAGAGCAUACAGAGAUGACAUUGAUUUGCAAAACCUUAUAGACUUCACACAGGAAUAUUGGCAGUGCUGUGGCGCCUUCGGAGCUGACGACUGGAACCUCAAUAUUUACUUCAAUUGCACGGAUUCCAACGCGAGUCGAGAGCGCUGUGGCGUGCCGUUUUCAUGCUGUACUAAAGAUCCUGCCGAGGAUGUCAUUAACACUCAGUGUGGCUACGAUGCCAGGCAAAAACCUGAGGUUGACCAGCAGAUUGUUAUCUACACUAAAGGAUGCGUCCCCCAAUUUGAGAAAUGGCUGCAGGACAAUCUUACUAUAGUUGCUGGCAUCUUCAUUGGGAUUGCGUUGUUGCAGAUAUUCGGGAUAUGCUUAGCCCAGAACUUGGUUAGUGACAUUGAGGCUGUCAGAGCCAGCUGGUAAAACUGCUGAAAUAACCGCCACAAGACACUGGACAACUGAAAACCUCCAAAAUCUCCAGUGUGUCACUCCGACACCAAGCUGUAUGGACAUGGGUGACAGGGAAGCCUUCUUUCCCAAGCGGUCUCAAGUCUACGCUGCUGGUACUGCAGUGAACCCUCGCUUCUUGGGGUUGGCUAAUGGGUGGGCUGUUUAAAAUCUGCGCUCACUGAUAAUUUUUUUUUUUUUUAAAUCACCAACAAGCUGUUGAGCCAUGAAUCUCUACUGUAUCCUUGCUUCUGAAUAACAGGUGGACACUCUCUUUUUUUAAUUGGUGUGUGUCAAUGGGACAGAGUUGCAUUGUGGUGUGUGGAUAUGCUGUUUAUUCUCCAUGUCAUGAGCUCUUUGAUAGCUGCCAAAUGUUCCUGAGAAGGUUUCUUUCUUCAGUACAUGCUGAAGGAACCAUCUUCUUGUUUUUCACAGCUAAACAUAGCUGCAGAUCUUUCUGAAACUAAACCCAUCAAACAGGAAACAACUUUCCACUCAUCAAUUGUACGUUUCAAGAAAUUGUUUUAAAAACUAGGAAAAACUUUUAUACAAGCGCUUCCAGACUUUCUGUCUGUAACAAUCUGUGGUUGGAAUCAGCAAGAUGGAAGGGAUAAUUAUCUAAAUUUUCCAGCAUCUUUCUUCGAGCAAGCAUGAGGUUUGGGGGGGGCUCAGGUGUAUAAUGUUAAAAAGAGAAUGAAAUAUAUGUUAACUUAAAAAAAAAAAAAAAAGUCAUGAAGUAGGUACCCAAAUACCCUGGCUAUAUCCAUUGAUUCUUUGGAAUUUGGCAUAACCUGAUGUAUUUGGGGCUGUCACUAAUAUUAAUGCUUUGUUAUAAUUGUACAAAAUUUCUUCUAAGGUGGUUCCUUGAUCCUUUUCUAGCUGAAGUUUUGAUUUUCAUUCUUUUGUUCGUUCUUUCAUUCUGACCUGCAUGAGCUAUGGAAUUAGAAUCGGAGAGACUUUGUUUUUAAAUCCCUGCAUGUGUUUCAGUAGGCUUCUAAUCCAAAUUUACUUAUUUAUUGGUCGAUGCACUUGAUUAUGGAAUGUUCCUAUCCCCUUGGCUUGGAAGGGGGAAAGGAGGACAGCUUUGCUAUAGUAAAUGCUUCCCGAGAGUCAGCAAUUUUUUUCAUUUGCUUAUCUGUGUGUGUUUCCCAUCCUGCCUCACUCUGUCUGAAUACAACAAAAUGCUUUCUUGAACCAAUAGAAUAAAAGGAUAUUUUUAACUAAGAAGAGUGUAUUGGGACCAACAGUGAGACUUUUGGUCCUUAAGAAAUGGAAGAAGCGAUAGAGUUUGGACUAUAGCACAAGUAUUGGAAGGGAAGGUAGAUCAAACUCCAGCUAGAUGUCUGUCAUCAGCUUUUAUUUCAGUAAUGGUGUGAUCGUGCACCUGAUGAUAACUUGGGUAGCCAGGGCACUUCAUAUACAUUUAGCUUGUUUUAUGGCCCUGCAUAGUGUCUGUGGGCCCAAUCGUGCCGGGGCUGACUGCCCUCAUCUCUCGCUUCCCUCAAGAAGUAGUUGCAGGUGCUGGGCAUCUAUCAGGAGGUGCGUUAGCAGCAUUCAGGACUGGCCCAAUGUGUCCCCUAAGAUGAAUAAGUUAAGUGCAGAAAAAGUGAACACACUUGGAUGCCAUUUUCUUUCAAAUCAGUAUACUAACCUCCCUUGUGAGAGAUGCAAUACACGAGUGUCUAUACACUUACACACGCUUUUUCUGCAUUCUGGUUGUGUGGAGACAACCUGCAUUUCUGCCCACAAAGGCUGGCAAUAUGCACCAUUAUUCAAUGGCUUGGAAGAGCUGAGCAGUGCAGUUGCACUCUUGUCUUUUAUUUGGUGUUACCUCAAUCUCCAGUGAGCUCCACCUGGCCUGUAGCCGGCAGCAUCCACACCCUUUGGCGUGUGCAGUUAAAGACCAACGGCAACUUCAAAGGACUUUUUUAAACUUUGAAAGUGUUUAUAAUACAUUAUCCUUAAUAAAGGUGGUUCAAUCUCAUCAGAGUGUUACGUUUUUCUUUGCCACUCCUCUUAACUUGGGGAGCUAUUGUUCAUUUACCCUCAAGGGAGCACAAUAUUUUGCCUGAUGGCAACAGAAUGGAAAGUUUAUUGAGCUAAAGAUGCUACCACUUUGUUUUGUAGAAUGGUGCGGUGUGGAGAGAUCAGAGAAGCAGCAUUCAGGAAAUACACCCCUCUCGCCCUAGUGAGAGCAUUGAUUACGAACCAGCGCUUUGAUUUUAAAAGUCCACAUUACAGAAUCCUGGUUGCCAUUGAUCUUUAAUGCUGCUGCUGCUUCUGCUGCUAUAGGCUUCUGAAGACAACUUCCAUUCUUCUACUUGAAUUUCCACAGUCGUACUGUAAUUGACUUUUGUCUUCUCCUGCCGGUUCUCGUAGUUUCCUUCUCCUAUUGCAAAGUCACAGUUCUGGGAAAUGCCAGCAGCAGAGUAUUGUGCUGAUAGGAAGGGAAUUGCUCUUCAAAAGGGGGAGACUUUGUUCUCGUGACUUUCAGGUGCAUAUGCAGAAAAUGUACAAAGCUUCCUCUAGGUCCCCGAGUGACUGCUGUUUUAAGAACCACUAAAGAACAAUCUUUAUUUUUCUACAACCCUUUGUUGCUGCGAAUACUAAUCCUGCUGUUUAAGAUGGUUUUGUUGUUGUGUUUUCCCUUCCCAUUUUUGCAGUCAUUUGUGGUCAAGCCACAUUGAAUGUUCAGAACCAGCUGCCUGUGCUGCAUGUUCAAAGCCCACAUGUGUAUGCAGGGAAUGUGUAAUAGUGGCUACAGCUACACUCUGAGAUUGGGGUGUGAAUGUGAUAUCCCUGCUUGUGCGAUCACCCAGUUAGUGCGACUAUAAACAGCAGCAUAGCUGUAAUAGCACAGGUGACAGCUACUGCAGCUAUGCUGGUAUUUCUACUCCUUCUAGCUGGAUGAUAGCUAGUGCAAGCAUGUCUACAUGAUCGGGGAAUCCCCCCUCCCCCAGCUUUCAGUGGAGACAUAGCCUAAGAGUGCCCACUUCCAUGUGGAAUUUAGGAGGGCAGUUUGGAAAACCAUGCGAGGCCUUGGCACCUGAUCUAUUUGACACAGAACUGACCAAAUGCAAACCAUAUUUCUCCUGGAAAGUUCCAUUAAAACUUCAGGUGGGUCACAAACAGACCAUGGAUGCUGGCAAAAUAGGCUUAACUUCCAGCAGGGUCUUGUUAAAGCAAUAAGAUACAGUAGGUAUUAUAUUUCUGGGCAAUUUCUAGUAUGCCUCAGGUGGUAGUAUUAGGUGCAAGUCUGAGGGCCAUUUUAACCAGCCACAAAGUGCAGUAGCUGCUCCAGAAUACGUCGCCAGUCAGCUUUCUGGUAGCCUCUUACGGAGUGAAAUGUUUGCAUGUGCGAGGUGUUAUAUGCGUGGCUAUGGCAUUAGCUGACAGCUGGUCUGAAAGCUUCAGCUGUGUCCAGAGUUCUAAAGCCAUUCCAGAGUUCAGAUACACACACUCACUCUGGCUGAUCUAACCUCUAAUCACUCUGCCCAGAUUCUUAGACCCUUUUGUUGCUGAACACCCUCUUUUAAAAAAUAACAAUUUGCGAUGUCUUACAUGACCAAAUUUCUGUGUUUCAGCCUGCACUUUUCUCUUGUUGGUUUGAGACCCAUAAUAUCGACUGUGGCUCUUGGAGUUUGAAGUGGUGGAGAUUGUUGCUUACAUGUUCUCUGUCCUCUAAACCUUCACCUUCCUUUCCUUUCCGAGAGAUGCUAAUUGUAGUGAAUCAGGAGACAGAACCUGGUUUGGUAGGUUCUGGUGUGUAAAUAGUAGCAUGCAAAUGAAAUGGUUCUUGCACAUGGCUGCUAUUCAUCGUAAAUAUGUAUUUAUACUCAUGACAGAUAUACAAUGUGAGAGUUUGCUGAUCAAAAUUAAAGAGAAUGGUCACUUAAGCUUUACAUAUCAAUUGGUUUGAGCCAGAAAUGCUUUAAUUGCCUGCCAUCUAGUGUCUACCAUGUAGAACUACAGCUGUCCUGUGUGUUGUGAAGGUGGAGCAGCUUUCCAUUCUCUCUGUGCUGCCUGCUUAGGAUCUGAAAAGGUAUUGACUGUAAAAUCUAGGGGUGAAAUUCAACCCUGGCUGAACUCACGGGGAGUUGACACCCCUCAUGCCAGGACUAAAUUUGGUGCUCGGUCUUGACUUGGCGUGGUCCUAAAAUGAACCUGCGUUUUCACUUCUUCAGAAAUGUCCUGGAUAGAAUUGGUUCCAAUUACCAAAGACAAAUAAGAGAGCCUCUGAAUGCAAACGUUGGGGUCCGUUCCCCCUCCUUGCUAGGCGUAUACUUUUUUGGAGUAAUGCUAAUGACACAUCCAAUUCAUAUUGCAUUGAAAGGAGAAUUGAUCCUCGUCUGUUUAAGGCACAAUCCAGGUUCCCAACCCUCAUAUCCUCCUUUUUGUCUGCCAAAAUUAUUGCAAAUAUUAAUUUGAGUCUCAUUAACCCAGUAGGCUGAAGUUGUCUAAACUAGGCCACUGCUGGUAAGUUUUGUUUCCUAAAAGCCAUUUAGCUGUCAACUUUUAAUGCUUAGAAAGAAAGAGUUCACAUCUCUAAUAAUAUGCAGUGUAAAAAUAGUCAUUGUGACUUGUAAUAUACACCAACCUGGUGAUCAACAGUAUAGCAUCAUUAGUCUUUUUUGUUUUGCAGUACGAAUGUCAGCAACAAGCUCCAUCCAUGUGUCUCCAUAUGCAUUCUGUGUGCAUAGUAGAGAUGGGCCUGAACCAAAACCAUGAUCUGAUCAUCCCAAGCUUUGGGGAGAUUGGGAUCUGGACCCAAAAUUUGUGACUCAGUCCUGUCUCUGGUAUGUAACACCAAUCUAGUUCAUGGAGAAUCUCUCUCCUCAAAUCAUCAUAGGGUACAAUGAAGGUUAUUCGUUGUAUUUACCUUUGUGUAAUGUUUCUUUUUAUCUGAAUGUAUUCUCUUGUGUUGCUUUUUUGUUUUUAAAUCUGUGAGUUGCAAAAUUGAUUGUAAAAGCCAAUUACACUUAUUGAUUGAAAGUAUUGCUAUAACAGAACUGCAUGCUGGUAGAGUUUGACUUGAGCUUUAGUUGUCUGUUUUCCAACUGGUCAUCUUCAGUCUGGAAGAAAUGCCUAGUUCAGGUGCAUAUGUAUUGCUUAUAUUUGUCAUCUUUAGCAUUAGAAUGUGGUGAUUUCAAAGGAUGUAACUGGACUAUACUUUGGAAGUUAACACAACUUCUUGGUAAUUCAUUUUAAGCUAUUGAAAGUGGUCUUGAUCAUGCUAUUUGUGUUUUUUAAUAGGUGCAUUUUUAGGAAUGUUUUAAUACAUUAAUGAUGGACAAUAGUUUUAAUAGUUGUGCAGUAUUCUGUAUUUACUUGAAGUAAAUCAUUUUAUAUGCAAUUUGUUAGAUAAUUACAAUUUUAUAAAUAAAAUUGUGUGAAGUACUGGUGAA